AUGUCGUCUAUACCUAAACCGCCAAAAAAACCGAAAAAGAAGAAAAAGAAAAAUGCAGCGAAGGAAAAAAUAAAAUUAGAAGCAGAUCGAAUAGCUUCAUCUGAAGCUUUGUAUAAUGAUUUUAUUAAACGUAUGACACAAUGGAUGCUGGACAAUUAUGGGCGAGCUAUCGAUUUAUUUAGAAGAUUUGAUAUUAAUGGCGAUGGAGCAUUAUCAAUAGAAGAAUUUACAUGUGGAAUGCGAGACUUAGAUGCACCCGCCACAUUAGCAGAAUUAAUGGUUUUAGCACGUGAAAUCGAUCGUGAUAACAGUGGUAGUAUAGAUUAUUUAGAAUUUGCAAAUGGAUUACGCUAUAGACGUGAAGAAAAGAAUAGAGAUGACGGUUUACCAGUGUUACGAAUUAAAAGAGAAAGAGGUCACCAGUGUCCUCAUUGCCAUUUGCGGUUAUGGUCACCAAUUGAAGAGAAAGAUAUUAGGUACAUUCGGUUAGAAUUAAGAAUGUCUAUAUUUGCGAGUUUCGCUCAUAACCAUCCUACAGCAUUUACUACUAUCGUGCAUGCUCAUGUACCUAUUUAUGGCGUAACACAAAUUGUCAGUGAACAACUUGGGGAGCUCCAAUUAGCUAUUAAAAUUUAUCGCGAUCAAAUUGCAACUGGUUGCAUGAGACCAGAAAUGACAUUAGAUGAUUAUGGUUUUCAUGGUAAUAGCGAUCCCGAUGAACCGGAAGAUGUACUUUUGUAUUAUGAUUAUGAUGUUCCAGUUAUUGAUUGCCCAAUCUUAUUAGCCGAUCAUUACUUUUAA